ACCAACAAGACGAGGACAUUGCGCUCUCUCCUGCUGUUUCUUCCUCGGCGGCUGUAUACAUGCGCUCUCCCUCGGUACAAUUCAGUGUAUACGUGCGCACUUUGGCCGACGGACAAUACCUGAUCUCUCGCCGCCAACCUCCAAGGCUCCCCUAUGCAACAGAUAUAGGUGGACCUCCUAUAUACGUUUGCUUGUAACAAUUGGCCGGGAAUUUUCUUCUAUUAUUUAACGAAAAAAGUAGUUUUUUUUUUUUAUUUGAUUGUUUUUGCGAAUGUCCAAACAAGGAUACCAUAAUUAAAAUCGUGGUGUUUACAGUAGAGUGUACUUGUGUUUGUGCUGUGUGUGUCUCGUAUUCUCCGCACAAGAGAGAAAAAGAGAGCAAGUAAUGGUGUAUGGUGACUAACCGUUCGUAAGACCUUACGACUGUGCUCGAUUCGAAAUACGCGGAAUCGAUAAGGUUGUGCUUAGUGAGAUAAAAAAAAAUUGUUUUUGUUCAAGAAAAAACAUUAUCUCGAGCUCGAGCAGAGCUGUGAGCAAGUAUAUAACUGUAGAUAUACCCACACUCACACGAAUGCGAUAGAUACAUGUAUAGUCGUCGGCGCAUCAAAUUCAUGAUGGAGCGUUAUUGUGUUGGUGCGAGUCCGACUGAUGCUGCUUUUCUUCAAAACGUGCCAAGGUGUGACUGCGCAGGCGCUCUGUGGAGCAUUUAAACUAAGCAGACGAAUUGGGAAAAAAAAAAAAAAAAAAAAAAUCCCUCGAAAAAAAGUCGACAAUUGUAAGCUUGACGAAAGGUUGGUCGCACUAACGUCCUGAAACCAUCAUCAGGAAAGCAAAAAAACAAAAAAAAGAACACUUUCGAUUAUCGAAGUAGACAUGGCCGACAACAAACAAAUGGAGUUAGACCAAUCGCAAGCUCAAGCCCAACAGCAACAGCAACAGCAGCAACAACAACAGCAACAACAACAGCAGCAACAAAAUUCGAAUCAGCAGCCCCAGCAGCAAAUGAUCAUAACGACCCACGAGAUGCAGCAACAACAGCAACAGCAGCAGCAGCAGCAACAGCAGCAGGCUCAGCAACAACAGCAAAAUCAGGCCCAACAGCAGAGCCAGCAGCAAGCCAACGGGCCCCAAAAAUUGCAGACGCAGGUCCAAGUCCAGCCCCAAGUUGCCGCAAUUAUGCCGCAGCAGCAUGACGCGGUGUCGGUGACGAUGCAGCAGCACCAGCAGCAGACCCAGCAGACCCAGCAGUCGCAAAACGUCGGUGGGGUCUCGAUGACCCUGUCGGGCCAGCCGGGCACUACGACCAUCACCACGAUGGCCGCCCAUCCCCAGGCGGUCCAGGUGAUACAGCAACCCAUGCAAAACCAGUACCACCUGCAGCACCUGUACACGAACCAGGGCACGCCGAUCCUAUUGCCCGGCAAUCUACUGGCGCACCCGGCCGGCAUCAACCCCUCCUCCAUACAGUCCUUCCAGGCAGGCGCGCAGCUCGCGGGCCCGCACAUGCUGACAACAGCAUCAACAGGCCAGGGAGGUGCGCACCCUGGCGCCGGGGGUGCUAAGGUCCAAGGCUUUCCGGCCGGCUACAUACCGGUGCCGACUUCGGCGACUCCGGGAGCCGGGCAGACUCUGGUGUUCAGUCAGUUGGAGGUCUUGCCUCAGCACCAGGCCUCCAUACAGCAGCAGCAACAGCAGCAGGGAAACAACAAGAACGACCAGGUGCAGAAGUACACCACUUGCACGACGGGCGCGCCGUCUGGUCAGAACCGAGGCAUGCAAUUUGCGCCCUGGCAGUUCGCGACCCAGGGCAUCUGGGCUGCCGGUCUGCCCUCGCAAACGCUACUCACAGCCGCGCCCAACCAGAUAUUCAUCCGCGAUCCACAGACCGAAAUGUUCAUCGGCAGUCCCCAACCGAUCCAGACCCAACACGCCUUGGCGGCUCAACAGCAAAUCCAGAGCGUACAGCAGAUCGCGACGACCGGUGGCAAACCGCGCGUCAUGAACAUCCAACAGCAGCAGACCGGCAAGCAGGGCGUCGUUAGUCAGAGGCCCUUGAAUAUUUUGCCGUCGUUGCAAGGCGUGCCCACGGCCAACAUCAGGCCCGCCAGCUCAGUUUCCACGCAGACGAACCACGGCGUUCAGACGACCGUUCACGCUCAAAGCGGUAAGGCAGGUGGUGGCACGGGUAAGGGUCGAGGCAAGUCGGUGGUUCGCACGAGCCCGGGUCCCAACACCAUAAGCGUGACGGUGCCGAAGGCGAUAGGUGCCCAAGCCAACCAGCAAACGUCGUGCGUGACGACCAGUGUGGCCAACAGCAUCGCUGGACAGACUGCCAAACAGCAGGUCCAGCAGCACACGACCAUGAUAACGAUUCAGUCUGGCUCGACCGUUUCGACGACCGUAGCGACAGCGGCGACCAAGCCAACGAUGCAGCUAGUGCACUCGAUAGCCACUACCGUAUCCGCGCAAGCCAACCAGCAGCAGCAGCAGCCUCCCGGCU